AUGUUUUUCUUCUUUCUGAGUAAGAUUUACUCAGCUUCAAUUAACGAUUGGACCAAUAUUUUUGGCAAGCUAGAUUAUCCAGAUGAGUACGCUUACCUUCAAUCGCGGGUUUCAAUAUAUGAAAAUGGAGAUUAUUUCAUUUAUGAUUGUACUUUCAAGAAUACAAAAUCCGCUAUAGUAUCAAGAACAGAUGGAUAUACAAGAGUAAUGCUUGAGUCCAUCACUUUCGAUUCUUGUUACAAUGAAAAAUCUGGUGGUUCAGUUUUCAUAGAAAGCUUUGGAACAUCAACAUAUCUCCUUAGCCAUAUAUGCGCAUAUAGAUCACAUCUUGCUGCGAAGCAAAAUGCUAUCGGAACUUUUGCAGUUUUUCAUCUUGAUAAAAAGUCCGAAAACAUCCUAAACUUCACACAUUCCGCAUUGGUUAAGUGUUAUAAGGAACCAGCGAAGUCAUUUUAUACUUUAGGAAUUGACGGCGGAAAAGAAAAUCUGAAUUAUAAAUCAGCUCCAGGCGCAAUAUUAGCACAUGUUUAUAGCACGUUAAUAAAGUUCUCAACAUUUGCUAACGAUACAACAAGCGGAAAUGCAAUUUUGAUUUUGGACCAAGGAAAUUAUACAACCAAAUCAUCUUCUUUUGUAUCCAACAAGUCUCCUUUGGUUGCUUCUAAUGUUCUUUCAAAAGGAACUGUAAAAAUCAUUGAUACUCAAUUUUUAUCCAAUGAAAUGCGCUUUAUAGCAGCGGUUGAACCUGGUUAUUCACUUUUACUUAACAAAUGCUAUACUCCAAGCAAUUCCAGGUUCAAAGGCGAGGUUCAAAACUUAAAUCCGACUGAAUUCAGCCAAACUAAGGAAAUUAAGAUGUUUGGAACAUACUUAUGCCGUACGUAUGAACCGACACCAAGUCCUACGAAAGAAUCUGAUAUGAAAUAA